UCGAUCGGUUCGGUUGUGUUUUUAAAGUGCUCGCGUGUAAUUAAUGAAGCAGUCAAGUUCUGUGCAUGUAGCGCGUCCCCCCGUCCCUUUUUUGUGAAUGUGUAUGUGAGUUCCUUCUGGUGUUUGUAUCAUUCAAGAUCCUUAAAAAUUCAAGUGUGAGUGCCGAUUAUAUGAAAGAAGUUGACGGGAAUAGGCGAGGAUACAAAACGAGAGGAGCGCGCCUGGAAAGUAUAAGCUUGAAUAGUGUGGUGCGUUUUCGAGGGGGAAGAACAAGAGCUGAAAAGCAAGUAAUGUGUAAAAAUUUGCUAUCCUUUCGUUUUCCACAAUGGGAAAGUCCAAGUUUCCCGGUAAACCGUCGCGUUUGGUAAAUAAGAAGCGUGUUUCGGUUCUGUCCAGCGCUGGGUUGAAUACGCUUGCCAGCAGUAGCAGCAGCGAUGAGGAUAACAACCAGAACCAGCAGCAAGAAAAUUCGUCGACGACGGAAAAGUUGAACCAGAACCAGCAGUCACUAAUACAGUCACAAGAGCAGCAGCGCCACCAACAACAGCAAAAGCAAAAUCAGCAGCCGUCACCGAAGGUAUCAACGUUAUUAGACAAUGAAGAAAUUGAUCAAGAUGGCGAUGAUGAUGUUAGUAAGCACAACACUGGUGACGAUUCGGAAAACGGCGAAGAUGACGAAGACGAGGAUGACGACGAAGAGGACGACGACGACGAUGACGACGAUGAUGAUGACGAAGACGAGGAUGGGGACGAUAAUGACAUCGAGGAACGCAAUGGCAGUGAUGAUCAGGGCCGUGAAGGUGGCGAAGAAAACGAUCGAAACGGUCAGCACGAUAAUCCCAAGCAUCAAUCCGAGCAAACCGAUGACGAAUGUCCUCUGAAUGGUGCUGAGAGUAAUCUUCGGGCCUUGAAUAACACGGACAAACAGACGUCGGUUUCGCAACCACCAACCGGAAAUAGUUUCGAAAUGAAACCAUCUUCGCUGUCGGCCGCCAUUAGUUCAUCAGCAAGUUCCACGCCGGUAGAAUCACUCGCCGCUCAGUAUGUGCCUAGCGAUGACUCGACAAUGGCGAAAUCCUCUGCUGUUGAACAAAGUUCGGUUCCAGAUGCUGGUGCUGGUCCCACCGUCCCACCACCGGAUGGACCACCAAAACCUAAAAAGAAAACGGUCACCUUUCACAGCACCCUUGAAACCAGUGACGAAAACAUGGUGAAGAAAGUGUACAACCCGGCAACGGUUCCGUUGAUACCCAUCAUCAAGAAAGAGUGUUUGGCGCGUCCUAUCCGAUUAAAGAAAAGUUUCAACCGAAAAAUGAAGAAACGCCUCCAACGGUUAGCAAUGCAAGCAGCGACUGCGGCAGCUAAGUCCGAGUGCAUAGUGCGUCCUUCGCGAUUGACGGAAAUAAUCCAGAAAUCUAGCAAACUGGAAGAUGCUAACAUUUCAUCAGAACCAACGUCAAGUUUCUCAGCGGGCAUCAGCAGUCUGAACGCUUCCGAAGAUCAUCAUUCGCCCUCGCUAUCCCAAGAUACAGUUCCGUUUGGUGUCACCGAAAACGUUGAUCCCGCCGAUUCACGCAAUCUCGAAAGCGGUGGUACACAAUUCGGUGACAAACGAUUUAUCUUGCCAAAACGAAGUGCUCAUUCUAGUCGUGUGAUUAAACCGAACAAACGUUUUCUGGACGAGUUUGAGCUGGAGAUCAAGAAGAAAAAUAAAAAUCUUGCGGCAGCUCAAGCGGCGGCGACGGCGGCGGCGGCAGCAGCAACAUCAACAUCGGCAGCGACUGCAGCAACCGCUACUACCGCUGCUGCUGCAGUGGUUCCUUCCGUAGUUCCUUCGACCAGUGCUAGUUGUUCUAGUGGUGCCAAUGUUGGGAAAAUCUCCAGCAAAGAAAACGGUGGUGAUAGAAGCAAUUAUUUCGGUGAUAAGUUGUUCAAGAACGAAGCGGACUCGAAAAAUGAAUUAGAUGAUAGUGCAAAAACCGAUGACAAUGAUAACAGUGAAAAUAGUGAUGAUGGAAAGAGAAAACGGGAGAAAGCGAAAAAGGAUACUUUGGUUGACGAACAUAGCAAAAAGCCGGGGAAAACGGAUGGAAAAGAGUCAACGGAAUCCGGUGAACCCGAGCCUGUGCGACCACCCAGCAACAUCAACAAUCCAUUCGCUAAAACUAGUCUUCUAGACAGUAGUCCUUCCAGCGGCAACAGCAGCGUGCCCCCCAAUUCGGCACUGCUGGUGAAACCCUCGGUACUCUCGUCCAGCACGUCUAGUCUUUCGUCCGGUUCCAGUGCAGGUCUUGCUUCGGCAACGUCAAUCUUCGGAAAAAGUAUUCUUCGUCAACCCCGACUGCAGUUCACAACUUCGCUGCUGAACUCUAACCCGCUGGCAGCGGCCGGUUCAUCAACCGGCGCGGGUUCUGGCAACACUAGCAUCAGCGCCGGUAGCAGUCAAAGUGGAACUGGAUCAAGUCCACCCUCUCAAGUGCCAUCUGCGGUUACCGAUGGACCAUUCUCGCUACAUCUAAAACCGGGAACCAAUUUAGAUUCGUCGAAAAUAUUUUCGAGUGCACUGACGGCGGCCAUCGGUUCGAAUGGAACCAUUGCCGCUUGUGCUUCCGUAAUCGGAUCAAGUUGCAGUAUUUGUGGAAUCGCUUGCAACACUCGCUAUUAUCAGCAAGCUACGAAAAAAUUUGGUGUUAGUUGCUGUGAUAUUUGCCGGAAGUUCAUUUCGAAGAUGGUCAAAAAGUUGGCCAGCUCAUCAAGUCCAACCAAUGCCAACGUAACGAUGAAAUGCAAAAAUGAAGGCAAAUGCUUAAUUGGACCUCCAUCCGUUAUAAGGCCUGAUCACGUCAAAACCAGGCAUAUUUUUAAGGAACGCUGCCAUGCGUGCUGGUUGAAAAAAUGUCUCGGAAGCUUUCAGGUGCCACCAGUGCUGAAGGUACGGCUGACGCAAACGCUUCCUAUGAAUUUAAGGCAAACCGAAACUGCUAGUGGAUCGAAUAAUAGCUCGGUUAAGAGUGACAGUGCUGAGAAUAAUAUAUUCUCAAAUAGUUUGGCUAGUGCGAAAACUCCGCUGUCUUCGAGAAUGCUUUGGAAUGCAUCCGGCGCCGAGAAACCAGAUUUUUCCAAAUCAAAUUCGUUUCUGUCACUGGCGAAUCCUUUGGCGCAAAAUAAUAAUACGUUUGGCAGUUUACCUUCAAUCAAACUAAACAUAAGCGAUAAACCGAUGAUGUUGAUACCCAGUUCCCUCUCCAGUCCGAAAGGCAACAAGAGUCCAUCGGUGUCCAGGAGUGAAGAAUCCUCUCCCUCUACAGACAAGGAGAAAAAGGAAAGUGAAGAGUGUGACAUGACGGAGGCACCCACUAACAGUAUCAGAACUAGAAGUAAGACUGAAGCAGCAACGAAUGCUGCAAUAACUGCAAGUGCUUCACCGGUGGGCACUGGUAGUUCAACUUCAACUACUACCACUACUACCAAUACUACUGCAACUAUUACUACUUCGGUGGUGACUGCAAGCGGUACGGUAGCAACGGAUCCGGCUAUACCGAACCAGCCAACCGGUACAGUGAAUCCCAAUGACAAACGACAACGAAUAGAUCUGAAAGGUCCUCGCGUCAAGCAUGUUUGCCGAAGUGCUUCUAUUGUACUUGGUCAACCCUUAGCUACCUUCCCUGAAGACGAAUCUACGUUAGAAAAUAUUGAAACACCUCCCAGUGAUAGUGCAGCUGAUGUGACAGAUCAGGUCUCGUCGGAUCUAGGCACAGCGUCUGAGACACCACUGCUGCACCCAGUGACACCUAAACCGGAUGAUGAUUAUCAGUGUGUUGAGUGUAAAGAACCAGACAACAUAGCAUUGAGCCCUCCAGCAACACCGACAGAAGCCGAUACCAGCGGAUCUACUGAGAAAGAGUUGGUGAUCGAUGAAGAUAAACUCGUGGACUCCAAUCAGGCAAGUCCGAUCAAGGAUAUCGAUGUUGUCAAACCGGAACCACCGCGACCGCCACCCGUCGUGAAGGUUGAAGUUGAGGUAAAAGAAAAGGAACCCAUUAGAAAGUUGGAAGAAAUAGAACGACCUGCUACCAGAAAAACCACUUCAUCAAUUCGACCGCAGGUACUGAAGCAAAACAUCAGCGCCAUAACGAAAAGUUUCAACACCAAUGUCCGAGCUGCCGGUCAGCAGGGCAUGGCUGAAGUACCGAAUGUUCCACUAAUAUCGAUCGAUUUCUGGGAAAACUACGAUCCAGCCGAAGUCAGUCGAACUGGAUUCGGAUUAAUACUAUCCGAAGAUGUCCCUCUGAAAGCUCUCUGUUUCCUGUGCGGUAGCUCUGGACUAGAUGAGCUACUGUUUUGUGUGUGCUGUUGUGAACCUUACCACCAAUACUGCGUCAAAGAUGAGUAUAAUAUUCGGACGGUUUCGCUAGAUGACACCAACGUUAGUCUUCUGGAACUAACGAGCACGACGAAUGCAGGAGGCUCUUCACCGCAGCAGCAGGCCCUCAAUCGGUUCAACUGGAUGUGUCCACGGUGCACGGUUUGUUACACUUGCAACAUGGCUGCAGGCAGCAAAGUCAAGUGUCAAAAGUGCGGUAAAAACUACCACACCACCUGUUUGGGAACCAGUAAGCGGUUACUGGGUGCCGAUCGACCGUUGAUCUGUGCGGGAUGUCUCAAGUGUAAGAGUUGUUCGACCACUAACGUGACCAAGUUCAUUGGCAAUUUGCCGAUGUGUACACCGUGUUUUCGAUUGCGACAAAAAGGUAACUUUUGUCCACUUUGCCAGAGGUGCUAUGAAGAUAAUGAUUUCGAUCUAAAGAUGAUGGAGUGUGGUGACUGCAAACGGUGGGUUCAUGCUAAAUGUGAAGGACUCACCGACGAGCAGUACAAUAUGUUGAGUGCAUUACCGGAGAAUAUUGAGUUCAUUUGUAAAAAGUGUGGUAAAAACAAUGAAAAUGGAAAUGUAUGGCGGGAUGCAGUGGCCGGUGAGUUCAAAGCCGGUUUACUAAGCGUUGUUAAAUUGCUCAGCAAAAGUCGACAAGCGUGCGCUCUGUUGAAGUUAAGUCCAAGGAAGAAAACCGGCAAUUGUAGUUGCUCCAUUAGCUCGGGAAAAAGUAUUACUUUCUUCGGUUUCAAUUCCAUCAAGGAAGAAUCGUCCUCGAAGAAAGCCAAGCUCGACGAACAGGAAUCUAUUUAUGAUUUCAACAGCGAAAGCAGCAGCAGUAGCUCUAGUUUCCCUCAGAAUACAAAAUGUUAUUGCUCACUAAGACCCUCGAAGCCAUCAGAUAUCAGCUUGGUAGAAAUCAAGCAGAAGAUCAACGCCAACGAGUACUAUUCGUUACAGGACUUCAAUUAUGACAUGAAUACAUUAAUCAAUGCAAUCGGAUCGGAGGACUUGUCAACGGCAUACAAAGAAUUCCUCAGUGAGACCUUCCCAUGGUUCCAGAAUGAGACCAAGGCCUGCACAGAUGCCCUAGAGGAAGCCAUGUGCGGGGAGGAAAUGUGUGAUUAUAAUCCAGCUGCUGGUUUAAUUAUGGACACUGAUCAGAAGGUUCCGAAUAUCGAUAUACCAUUGAGCGAGAUUGGCGAUUAUUUCUACGAGUCUGCAGAGAUAGAGGAUACUCGAAUCUGUAUGUUUUGCAAGCAACGUGGUGAAGGACUGCCAUUGCACGAGUCUCGUUUGCUCUACUGUGGGCAGAACAACUGGGUGCACACUAACUGUGCCCUUUGGACAGCAGAAGUGUUUGAAGAAAUUGACGGAUCACUACAAAAUGUUCAUUCGGCCGUUUCACGUGGACGAUCGAAGAACUGUCGCCACUGUGGGGUGAAAGGUGCUACGGUUCGAUGCAAUGCUAGGCAUUGUACCGAACACUUUCACUUCCCCUGUGCGCGACAAGUCGGAUGCUUGUUCCUGCAAGAUAAGACGCUAUUCUGUCCACAACAUACCGCUGAUGCGUCCCGGAAAAAAUGUCAAGCCGAGAAGAGCUUCGAAAUCAAUCGAUCAGUGUACGUUGAGUUGGAUAGGCGAAAAAAGAAGUUUGUCGAACCGGGUAAAGUUCAGUUUAUGAUUGGAUCACUGAGUGUCAAAAAGCUCGGUCAUAUUGUUCCAAUGUUCAGCGAUCAUUCAGAUGCCAUCAUUCCGACGGAUUUCGAGUGUACAAGGCUGUACUGGAGUACGAAGGAACCGUGGAAGAUCGUGCAGUACAGGAUCAAAACGUCUAUUCAAAACAACAAUUAUUGCUAUGGGACAGAUUUCGGUAGGAACUUUACAGUGGAUCACAGUCUAAACAGUAGUCAGGUCCAGUGGGGUCUUACGCAAAUCGGUAAAUGGCAUAACAGCUUGAACAGCGACGAUCCAGAACCGGAGCCCAUAUCCAGUUUCACUGGAAAUCAACGGGAGAAACCGAUUAAACAAAUGCUGGAAACCGGCGAUGAUACUAACGAUGAAGAACCCCAGAGUAACAAUGAUUUACUACCGCAGGAGAUCAAGGAUGCUAUCUUCGAAGAUAUUCCGCAUGACAUUUUGGAUGGAAUUAGCAUGCUAGAUAUCUUGCCGAAAUUGAUGACGUACGAUGACUUGAUCGCGAUGGAUCUGAAGAACGAGAAUAAUUUCAAUGCGGAGAUUUUGAAAGAAGUCGGUCUGGGUAGCAGUAGCAGCAGCAGUAGUAACAGUAGUAAUGCUACCGGAGGAUCGAAGGACGAUGAGAUGGAUGUUGACGAAGAUGAUAUUAAUGAAGCAAUCAUGAAGUGUACCAGUGGCGAGCUGAGCAAUGACGGAUGGAUGAAAAGUAUUGGGAAUCCUGGAAUUGAGGAUGCGUUGCUAAGUGCUAUUAAGCAGCCCUCGUCCAGUCGGGAGCUGAAGCGAAGCAAAACCGAUAUACUUUCACGUGCGGUAGUUGGUAGUCGUGUCGCAGGUCAAAGAUCGAGCAGUUUUUCGUGGAAUUCUAAAUUGGAAUCAACCGCAGCGGUUGUGGCUAAACGCAGAAAAAUUAGUAAACUGGCAGAUGUUUUGUCACUGGGGAGGAUAAAGGAUGAGUCUACGGCAAACAUACUGGAGCGACGAAGGUCACUUCCGUGUGAGGAAUUCAGCUGGAGCGCAAAUCGUAAAGUUAAUGGCGGAGACAGCCUGACCGAUGGUAUGGGAGUGCUUGAAAAGUUGAAAAUAUCACAGCUAGAUGGUAUGGACGACUUUUGUGGAGACUCUGGGGAAGUGAAAAUUUACUCGUCCAGUAUGAUUGAAGCUCCCGUAAAAUGUGAUCGCUGCCAUGCAACAUAUCGAAAUCAGGAAUCCUAUCUACGGCAUUUGAAUUCGUGUGAGGUGCUUUCAACGAGCGAAAGUGACUCGGAGACACGAUCCCCAAGACUACUAAGCCCAGAGCAACAGCAAGCGCAAGUUGCCAAUCAAAUCGGAAAUGGGACGUUUAUUCUACCACAAACAUCCCAGAGCAUAUCUACCGAUAUGUAUAAUCAAAUAAACCAAAAUCAACAAACAAACCCAACGAUAUCGGUCAUUUCUGGGCUCAACAAUCAAACUAUUAAUCUGGGAAAUUUGAACAAUCAAGCAAUUCUUUCAAAUAUUCCAGUAUCCAUGCCGAUCACUAUCAAUCAACUAUCGUCGGGAAUUCCGAUUCAAACCUCCACGGGAACACAUCAGAUUCCGCUUCAAGGAACGUUCUCGAAUAUUGGAGGUAACAUGAUAAUUUCCAACCAGGGUCAAAUUUUUGCCCAGCCGAUCAACUUCCAACAGCCUUUGGAUAACCAGCAGACCUAUGUUCAGAACAAACAACGGUUUAUUCAACCUGCACCGUCACCGCAAAUUCCACAAACCAUUUCCCUAUCGAAUAACCUUCUGAAUACCGGCAAUGGCAUUAAUGUUAUUCCUCAACAACAGCAGCAGCAACAGAUUAUCACCAUAGGACCGAAUGGGCAACCGCAGAUUGUAACUGUAACGGCUCCUCAGACUACGCAACCGUCCAUUCUUCAAAACCACAGUCAGAAGAAACAGCUAAUAUUUCCUACAUUAUCUCCAAAAAAGCAAUCGUUCUCCCGGAUUUCCCAAUCACCGACGCCGAUUAAGGCUAAGAGAAUAACGCCAACAGCCACGGCCACAUCUAACAAAACUAUUCACAUGAAAAAACAAGAACCAAUUACCAUCCAGCAGGCAGCGACUCCUCAACCCCAGACUAUACAAACCAUAACACAACCGAUCCCCGCGCAACAGCAACAACAGCAAAUUCAACUCAUCAAUACGUCUUACCCUUUAAUCCGACCGGCAAGUGCCGCAACACCCCAUCAAACAACUGCGACAACAAACAAUCCGAUCAUUUUUCAGCAAGCGAAUCAGCCCAUCAUCGUACAGCAGGUUGGAGGAAACCAAAUAUCGUACGUGACGGAUCAAAAUCCUGUUCAGUAUCUAGCAACUCCAACCAAUGUGCUAACACAGAAUGGAUUCGCAAUGACCGCCGCAGGAGAUGGUACACUAACGGCUGCAGCCAACAACAUUCUGAUUCCGAAUGGAACCGGUGGAUAUUCAAUGAUACCUGCCAGUGCACUCCAGUUGGCCACCCCGCAACCUCAAGUGAUCGGCACCAUAAUUCAACCGCAGGCUACCACAAUUCAGUGUGGAAUGAUGUCUACCGAACAGAUGGUUCUAGGCGCUGCCCCAACGCCAACAUUGGAAAUGGUCACCGAUCCAACAUCCGGGUGCAUGUACCUGACCAGUCCGUCAGUUUACUAUGGCUUGGAAACAAUUGUUCAGAAUACUGUUAUGUCUUCACAGCAAUUCGUUUCCACUGCCAUGCAAGGUGUUUUGAGCCAAAACUCAAGCUUUUCCGCUACCACGACUCAGGUAUUCCAGGCUAGCAAAAUUGAACCGAUUGUUGAAGUUCCGACCGGUUAUGUAGUGCUGAACAACGAUGGAACCACAUCCCAACAAAGUUUAUCAUCAAUGCAACUACAAUCUCCAGCUGGAAUUAUUCAACAAGCUCAAAUUCCACCAACCCCAUCUGUAACGCCAUCACCUCAACAACAAUCAAUUCAGAGCGCAGCUACCGUUAGUCAACCUAAUUCGGUGCAAACUUGGAAGAUUGAACCCCAGUCUACGUUCGUCCAGCAACAUCAACCGCAAACUACAACAAUUAAUCCUUUGAAAACAAGCACCGGUAUGAAAAGUAUUAUUCCAAAGGCUCAACCGCAACUAGUGAAUAAAGUCAUGCCAAAUUCUCUGGUUAAAACAGCGGAAAAUUUGAACUCGUCUAUUUCAUCGCAUUUCCAGACAGUCAGUUCUACUGCAGUUUACACAACGGCAACCGCAUUGGCAACGACGACCAAGGUUUCAAAUGUCAUCAAACCCAUCACAAAAACUAUCAAUCUAAACAAACCCAAAAUCAUCGCGAAACCUGUGAAACAGCGCCAGUCACUUCUGUCUCCGCCGCUGACUUCUCCUCAGUCGCCGCAAACACAGCAACAGCAGCAAAAGCCGGUGCAACAGACUGCACAAGGAAUGUCCAUCAACUCUAACUCGCAACCUCAAUUGGUUCCCAUCAAGCCUAGUGUGAACAACGAAAAACCUUGCUCUGUGGACAAAAUUCCACUCCCGACCAAUUCUUUGUCCACGAAGAUUAGUCCUAAAAAUUCCGUUGAUUUCAUCCCGACCGGUAUCCAGUCAACAAAGCCUCAAUCACUGUUGAAAAAACCCGACGGAAAACUGUUCCCUCGCAUGACAACGAACACACCCUUUCAAGCAAACCAAGUACAGCUCCAGCAGCUGGCGCAAUCGAUUCAAAUAAACGUGAUUCCAAACGGAAACUUCAACGCUAACCAUCAGCAACCUGCAGCGCAGUCAGUGGGACAAGCUCAGAAAUCUCUGCUUCUCAAUAUGGACACGCAGAAGAAAACGUCCCAAAUAACGAUGACGCUGGCCACCAGCAGUAGUACAACCACACCAACGACUCCUGGUGCCAUGACCAUGGCCAACUCAUCAAUCACCAUCACCCCAACACAGACGGCAAGCAUCACUCUCCCAACAGCUCCCUACCCAAUGCCACUGUAUUCCAACAUCCCAACGAAUGUGGUAAAUCCAAUUCAACAGUCCGCCACGAAUAACAAUACGAAUUCCGGCAUGGUUCAGAAUCGUCCAACCAAUCGGGUACUUCCGAUGCAGGCUUCGUUAAUUCUACCGAAAUCACCUGAAGUUCCACCAACGCCUCCUCCCUUGAAGCUGCUGAACACCAUGCCAGAAAAAAUCAAUGAGAUUUCCAUCAUUCCGAGUCAUAAUUUCAGUCCCGAUUCACCGGAAAUCAACCAAUCCGAUAAACUAGUCAAGGAUAGCCAACUGGAAAUCGAAAUCAAACCAAUUGAAAUGAUUCCACAACAAUCACCGAUCGACGAUCAGUUGAAUACCAUCGAUCAACAACAGAGUUUCCAAUUCAGUCUAAGUUUAGAUCACCACGGUUCUCUGAUACCGGUGGACAACUCUCCCACGGUGACCUCUACUGACAUUACCUAUCAUCCGGAUAUUGCUGAUAUUGAAAUUAAGUCGAUCGAUCCAACCGAUAGGAUGUUUUCGGAAACGGAAGAAAUGCUUGUCGAUAGUAUGCAAGAAGAUCCACUUGACGGAGCCAGUGUUGAUUCACCCAGUUUGAAUGAUGAAUCCGAAUCUCCUGAAAUCAAAAACAAAAUAUCGGAAAUCUUGGACAAUCUUGAACAGCAGACCAACGAAGAGGAUGAGUUUAGUGACUGUAAGCACACCGAUAGUACGGAGCUAUUGUUGAAAAUCGAAAGUGAGCAGGUGUUGAAAUCAUCCAGUUCUAGCAAAAGCCAGGAAGAACAACAGCUGGUAGAAGAACUCAACCAGGAACUGCAAGCCAGCGCAAACGCGUCUCCAGCGACAACCACUUCGGAUCUGAUGAUUCCUCCAAUAUUUGAGUGUGACCCGAAAAGAGACGAAGAUUCCGGUUAUGAAGCCGAGCAAAAAGAUAACUUGGAUCCACGAUCGAAUAUGGCAAGUCCUGCACCUAGCUCGGGCAGUAAUCUUCUGACCAGCAGCGAAUCACAAUUAGAAGUGCUGGAGAAAGACAAAGUCGAACAACAUCCAGUGAGUAAACCACCCAAAACCAGCAGUCCAAAGCUGUUGUACGAGAUUCAAUCACAGGACGGGUUUACCUAUAAGUCAACUUCGAUUGUCGAGAUCUGGGAUAAACUGUUUGAAGCGGUUCAAAUCGCACGGAAAGCUCACGGGCUUCUGCCCCUACCCGAAGGGCAACUGGAGGAGAUGGCAGGUGUGCAGAUGCUUGGUCUGAAGACGAAUGCCAUGCGAUAUCUGCUGGAGCAGCUACCCGGGGUAGAGAAGUGCUCCCAAUACAAACCACAAUAUCACAAGAAAGCAGUAUCGGAAUGUUCGUCGACGCCGGAAGGUUUCUCUUCUAUAUACGAGGAUUAUUUCGAUAUUAUCAAGGAAAAUCAGUUCGGGUCGGCACGCUGUGAACCGUACAGUUCUCGAUCCGAGUAUGACAUGUUCAGCUGGCUAGCGUCUCGGCAUCGUAAACAGCCAAUGCCCGUGGUAGCACAAAAUAUAGACGAUACGGUGAUUCCAAGACGAGGAACCGGUAGCAAUCUUCCCAUGGCAAUGCGGUAUCGAACGUUGAAAGAAACCUCGAAGGAAUCAGUGGGUGUUUACCGUUCGCAUAUUCACGGUCGAGGCUUAUUCUGCAAUCGUGACAUCGAAGCAGGCGAAAUGGUUAUUGAAUAUGCCGGAGAACUUAUUCGUUCUACACUGACGGAUAAACGAGAACGAUACUACGACAGUCGCGGUAUUGGAUGUUAUAUGUUCAAAAUCGAUGAAAAUUUCGUCGUGGACGCAACGAUGCGUGGUAAUGCAGCUCGUUUCAUUAACCAUUCGUGUGAGCCAAACUGCUACUCGAAGGUGGUUGACAUACUGGGCCACAAGCAUAUUAUCAUCUUCGCAUACCGACGAAUCGUUCAAGGUGAAGAGCUCACGUACGAUUACAAGUUUCCGUUUGAGGAUGUGAAAAUCCCAUGCUCGUGUGGUUCGAAAAAGUGCCGAAAGUAUUUGAACUGAUUUGUCGAAAUUGAGAUGGUACGAAUGAAAGCAGAGGAUCAAAAUCAGUAAUAAGCAAUAGAAUGAUACAGGAUGAUGAUAGAUCUGUGUAGGGUGAGCAACUUAACGGUUUAUCUCGGAACAAUAUGGUGCUGCUUAAAGGAGGCCGAAACAACAAUGAUUGUGAUAAAUGGAAUACAUCACAAAAGCCACACAUUUUACUUAGAUACCGAUAUGCAAUAGGCUAUCAGAUUUUUCAACAGGUAUUUGAGCCGCAUAAGCAAAAGCAUAUACAGAGCAUGUAUUAUAAUAUUAAAGUGUAUCAAUUGUAAUAAUUUGUCCGAAGUGUUUAGUAUAGUGCAGUAGUUUGCUUUAUUGCUUCGAAGUGUAAACUUCAACUGUGUAAAUAUACCUGAGUGUGCUACGAUCGACAACACAAUAGAACAAGUAAACAUGUUGAUCCCAUAAACCCGUAUUACAAGAUACAUAAUGAAAACUACUAUUUACCGUAACUCGAUUCGAUAAGUUGUUUUAAAUGAACAGUAUCUAGAUACAUAUUUGCAACAGAAAACCGUUUCACAGUAACUUUCAAAAUAUACACAUUUUACACAUAAUACAAUAGAAUUUUUAUCACUGUCACUCUUAAAACUGAAAACGCUAAUGUACAAAAUAAAUGUUUUUACCGGUUCCACAGUCGAUUCACGGCUACCGUGGUUGAUGUAACAGUUUUGAAAUCUCGGUUAGAAAACAAUGCGCAAAUCUCCUUUUAACGCAAACAGUCCAACUGGAAUGAGUGUCAAUCGGUCAAUCAAUGUGAUCAAUUCCAAUUGACACUGUUUUACGCUGCGACAUUAAAUCGUACUAUAUGAUGAAAACUUAUGCAAUUGAUAACCGUGCACCGAAAAUGUCGAUAAUUUGCAGUCUUAAAAGUUUACGUAGCAUAAAUUUCUCAUCGAUAUAUAUCUGAACCACAUUCAUUUUCCGCUAGUACGAUUGAGUCCAAAGCGAGAGAGUAUUACACAAUAAUAAAAUCAAAACAGUAAAUUUUUAUCAUAAAUGUACUACAAUCUGUAUCUCAUCUACCUGUAUGAUGGUUGUAGUAUUGAUGUUCAAUCGACGCAUUUUUAAUAUCUUACCAGUCAAAUAUCACAGAAUAAAAAACAAUAGUUUAUGUGAAUAACUAUUCACCUACUGAACAGUUGAUACCAGGUUGUAAAUAUUUGUCCUUAGUUU